CUCUCGAAAAUCUGGCGAAAAUUAAUGCACGCGCUGAUGUCAUCCAUAAGAAUUACUUGCUGUUGCCUUACGCAUGAACAGAUUAACACUGAUUAUGACCUCAUAGACACAUUCACGUCAACCUGUCGUGUUUUUAUUGCGCAGGUGGCACGACGAUUUACGUCAUGGUGGUACGGAGACUUCAGUCUUACCUGGAAUUCUUCGAUCCUGACCAUCUGAAACCCGAGUACGGCUGCGACCCUCUACCCAACUACGCCACCCAUCUGCCGUCGUUGGAAGUGCAUUGGAACAUUUCCAGAGCGUACCUGAAUGUUGACGACAACCUCCCGGCGGAGUGGUUUGACUGGGGCUCCCCUAGCGACGCACGCACCCUGAUGAUAGCACGUGUUCAGCACGUGUACUCGGCCACGCCCACCGUGGCGGUCAACUGCUUUGUGAAGCUGGAGAGUUUCAUGAUCAGCGGUGCCACCCUAAGAGUCUACUACCCUGGUUGCCCAGAAGGACGGUAUGGCGGACAAUGCGAACAUAACUGCAGUUGCCCUGACAACGCCACCUGCCACACCCUAAACGGUGCCUGCAAAUGCCCGGAUGGAUGGACGGGACAGUUCUGUGACAAAGCAGCACUGUUGACAACACACGAGGUGCCAAUGCAGUCAGCAGCAACUAUGGAAAUGACGACCACAGCAAAAACACCGUCGCCACCACCAAAACCACUAUCACCACCAUCAUCAUCAUCGCGCUUAGCCUUAAAGAUCGCCCUUCCAAUCGUGCUUUGUCUUGUUGUUAUCGUAGCCCUGGUAGUCACGUGGUGGUGGACCUACUGGAAGAAAAAGGCUGCCCACACAAAACUUGUGUAUGAGAGUAACCCACUGUAUGAUGAAGAAGGCCUCUAA